AUGUAUAAAUUGUAUGACGCUUUUUUUUUUUUGCAUAUCAAUAGAAAAAUAAGCAAUGUUAAGAAUGUAAUAAUUCAUACCAGAGGUAUAAAAAUAUCGAAGAAAUUAUAUUCAGAAUUUUUUAUCUUUAAUUUUGAAAAUGUCGAAAAUUUAAAGAAGAUAAAAGAGACAUCUCCUACUAUUACAACAAAUUACUUGCCUCCAAAUGGUGAUGAAAAUAAAAAAGACGAAAAAAAAUUCCUAUAUGAAAAUAUUUUGGAUAAAUCGAGGCUAAAAAAAACGAGAAAAAUAUUAUCAUUAGUAAAAAAUAAAUUAAUAAAUUAUGACCAAAUAUAUUUGAAUAGAUAUUUUUUUAUAUUUUAUAAAAAUAUCGAUUGUCUCUUAGAUUUCGAAAUCAUUAAUAUUGUUUAUUUGGCUGUAAAAUAUAAAAAAUAUCAUUUGUUAAGAAAUAUUGAUGAUAAUAAUAAUAAUGUAAAUUAUGGGGUAACAACAAAUAACAAUUCGAAUAAUAUUACACAUCAUAGUGAUACAUUGAACAGUGGUAAUGUUGAAGAUAUAUCAGAUCAUAUAAUAACGCAAAGAAAUGAAAUAAAUCAAGAAAGCAUAAUUUAUUCCGAUAUACGAGAUUCGGAUUUUCUUGGAGACAAUACAUUUGGAAAAGAACAAAAGGAUAAUACUCAUAAUAUGGUUAACAAUAGAAUAAAUACUGAGUUAGAUAAACCUCCUAAAUUAAUGAAACAAAAUAAUGUCAAACAAAAGAGCAUAGAUUAUGUACAAAUAUUUCUUUACAAAUUUAUAAAAUUAUUAAGAGAAAAAAAAAAAAAAAUUAAUGUAACGAUAUUCGAUUUAUAUAAAUUAACAUAUUCUAUAAACUAUUAUAAAAUGUGUGUGGUACAAAAAAAAAUUCUUAACAAAAAUAAUAAAGGAAAUGUAAAUCUUGACAUUAGCUAUAUAAUUACAUAUUUAUGUGUAUUUUUAAAAAAUGAAAUUUAUAAUAUCCAUGAAAAUAAUAGCAAAAAUCAAAUAAAAAAUGAGAAAGACUUAAAUAAUCUUCUAAACAUAUUAAUAAUGGGACAGAAUAAUUUAAAUGUAUAUUUUUUUAAUUUAUUUUACGAUUAUUUAUUUAUGAUUUUAAAAAAAAAUACAUAUCCAUUGUCUAUUAAAAAUAUAUGCUUAUUAUUGCAAAUAAAUAAAUUUGAAAGGACUCAAUAUGAUCCUUUUUUUUUUUUUUUACUUUUCAAUAACCAAAAAAAUAGAAAAAAUGAAGAUAUUAAUAAAUAUGAUCAGAAAAUUUCUGUAGAUAUAAUUACUAAAACACCAUUUACAUUAAAGGAUAUAAACUAUUUAUUUUUUUACCAACUAAAAAAUAAUGUAAUAUAUAAUAAUAGCUCUUUUAAUAUUUAUCUUAUUAAUACACUACUAAAAUCCGAAAUCAAUUCUUUUGAAUUUAUACAAAAUGUAGAGUUAUUUUCUUUGAUGUUACUACAUUAUGAUUAUUCAAAUUUUUAUUUUAAUGAAAUAUAUGAAAAAUAUGUUGAGCUCAUUUAUAAAAUGCAAUUAUAUAAUCGAGAAAUGCCUAGACAUGUAAUAAAUAACGACGAAAUAAAUAGAUGUCAUUAUAAAUUUGAAAAUAAAAAUGAAAAAACAAAUGUUUAUUUAAAUAUAAAAUUUAUUAGUACCUUUUCUUUGGCAUUGUAUAUUAUUAGAAACAAUUUACGCAUUAAUGAAGAAUUUUAUUUGUAUAUAUUUUAUUUGUUUAAUAAUUAUUCUCAUUUAUUAACUCCAUAUGAAUAUGUAAUAUUUUUAAAUUUUAUAUAUUAUUCUAAUUUAAAAAAUGAACAAUAUUUUAGAAAAAACAGUUUGUAUAAAAAUACAAGCAAAUUCUUUAUAAACAGCGGAACCAAUGAUAUGGAAUAUCUACCUAUUGAUGAUAACAUUUUUUUUUUAUGUGUAUACAAAAAAAUACAACGAAUUUAUUCAUAUAACAAUGAUGUAGAUUUGAAAAAAUAUAGUAAUAUACAUAACUAUACAAAUUUAAAUUCAAAAAUGUGUAACAUUAUGCCUAUAAACAUUAUGAAUAAUACAGAAAAUAAAAGCAUAAUGAAAGAAAGUACUUAUUCAAAUGGUUUACCCAAAUUUCUAAAAACAGAAAAUGAAAUUUAUAAUAAUAACAUGGGGAAUGACAAAUUAAUAGAAGAUAAAAGCAACAUUGAAAAAAAUUUUGAAAAAAAAAAAAUAUAUAAAAAUGAUAUAAUAAUGAAAUUAGAAGAACAAAAUAAAAAUGACAUAACUAUAAUAAAUGUAAAAAAUAAAAGUUAUUUCAUGCACAUAUUGGACAUAUUAUUAUUACUUAAAAAUAAUAAUUACGAUAACAAGUUUAGUGACUAUUUAUUUAAUUUUUUUGACAAAAAUGUGUGGAAAUACAAUAUCAAUAUUUUUGAUAUUGACAAAAUUUUAUUUUCUUAUACACAAUUAAAUAUACAAAGAAAUUCUAUAAAUUUAUAUUUGUUAAACUUUAUAGAAAUUGUAAAAAAAAACAUUAUUUGCAAUGAUAAUAUUGAAAAGGAGACAUAUGUAUUUUCUUCAAUGUGUAACAUAUUGUUAUCUUUCUCAGAAUUAAAUAUACGAGAUAUCAUUGAUCUUUCUAUAUUCGAAAAACAUAUACUUAUAAAAAUAGACAAAAUAAAUAUCAAUUCAAUUUUGAUUUUAAUACAACAUUUUGUUUUAAGAGAAGAAAAAAAAGAAAAUGUAUCUAUAAUUAUAUUUUUACUAUUAAAAUAUAUAAAGAAAAAAUAUGGGAUUAACAAAAAGAAUACCAAUACUAAUGAAGAUGGGGAUAUAGACAAAAACUUAGUAUCCUCAUUAAAUGAGUUAAAAAAAAAAAAUGAUAAAAAUUAUGAUUUUAUAAAAAAUUAUUUGGAUGAAAAUAAACAUAUAUAUGUACCAAAUAAAACAAAUCAGCAAAAUUCAAAUUAUAUAGAUAAGAACAAAUUACAAAACAUUUCUAUUAGAAAUAAAAAUUAUAAUUUAUUAUUUAAAAAAAAAAAUGAAGAUGAUAAUUACGAGUUUUUACUUAUCAGAUUUAUUUUUAUUUAUAUCUUUACACAUUCAAAUUUACUUCAUGACAACUUUAAUUAUUAUUACAUGCAUGGAGAAAUUUAUGAACAAAAUUAUUAUAAAAAUAUGUUGAAUAAUUUUAAUAAAAUUAUAUUACACUUGAAAACUAAUUUUUUGGAUGUUUUAAAUAUCAAAGAAUACGAAAAUUCCCAAACUGAUGAGUUAAAUAAUCCCCAUUAUGAUUAUCAUCAGAUUGAUGAAAUAAAAAAACAAAAUUUGUAUCCAUAUGAUACUAAAAAAUGUGACAAUAUUACUGGGGAAAUAAAUAUGAGCUUAUCUGUAAACAAUAUUAUUAGUGAAUACAAACAUACUGAAACCCUUUCAAAUAUAUCACAUUCCAUUGAAAAAAAUAUAGAGAAUAAAUAUAACAUAUUAAGUAAACAAAAAUUUUCUUUGUUAAUAAAUUAUUUUUUAUUUAUUUUUAAACAUAAUAUAAAUUUCAUUGUACAAGAUAAAAAUUUUAUAGAGAAUAUGAAAAUGCAACAUUUUUUUGUAAAAAAAUUCAAAAAUUUAUAUUAUAAUUAUAAAUAUUCAUAUAUUUAUAGAAAUAUAAUAUUAUCUAUAAUAUAUAAUAUGAAAAAAGCAAAUUCUUUAAGAACAAAUUAUAUUUUAAAUUGCAAAAUUUUUUCUCAAAAUGAUAACAACAGUUACAAUACUAGCGAAAAAAAUAAAAUAGACAUUAACGAAUACGUACAAAUUAUUAAAUUUUUCCAACACAUAUGUGUGCAAAAAGGAAAAACAAAAAAUUAUAAAAAUAAUGCAUUUUACAAUUAUUUAAAAAAAAACAAUAUCAAAAUUUUGAAUAAUGAUGAUAUUAAUGAUCAAAGUUAUGAAAUUUUAUAUAACACUCCUAUUAUUAAUAAAUUUAGCAAUUAUCAAAUAACAAACAUAUAUAUAAAUACAAUGUUUUUUAAUUAUAUAAUACCUAUGCUUAUCCAAACAAGCGAAGAAAAAUAUUUAGCUGUUCAAAUUAUUUUUAAUUCUAACGAAAAUAUAAAUUCAUAUAUGGUCUCAUUUAACCUUAUGAACAGUUUUUUAAACAAUUACAAUUAUGAUACUAUAUUGAUUAAAAAAUAA